AUGGGAAAUUACAUAUCCUGCACUCUGCUCGGUCCCGUCGGCAAAAGCUCGGCCAGGGCUACAAAGGUCAUCUUCCCCUCCGGCGAAAUCAGGCGGGUGGAUCAGCCGACCAAGGCCGCCGAGCUGAUGCUGGAAGUCCCGAAUUCCUUCAUCGUCAGCGCCAAGUCGUUGCAGAUCGGAAAGAGGUUCGCCGCCUUGAACGCCGACGAGGAGCUGGACAUGGGGAACGCCUACGUGUUCUUCCCGAUGAGCCGGCUGAACACGGCGGCGACGGCGGCGGACAUGGCGGCGCUGUUCGUGACGGCGAAUUCCGUCUCCAAGAGGGCCGCCCACGGAAGAGCCAGGAUCUCGCCGGAGGUCGUGCAGAGUGGUGAGGGUAUGUCGCCGGUGCCGAGGCUGAACUUGGACGAUAUUGAGGAGUACUCGACGCCGGAGUUUCAGCACAGAUUGUCAAUGUGCAGGUCCAAGAAGCCAUUGCUGGAGACUAUUAUUGAAGAGCCGGGUUGUGCGAGAUGA